GGCGUCGACCCCGCCUCCAUCGUCGGCAAAGUCCUCACCCGCAUCCGCUCCUCCCCGACCCACCCCGCCGUCACCCUCGACUUUGCAGACCGCACCACCUACCAGGUCCGCGUCGACGGCUACGACCCCGCCCACCGCGGCGUCCCCAAGUCCCUCGAGACCAACGCCCUCCUCGCCCGCCUCUGCGCACCCGCCGGCGUGCACGCCCACGUCCGCCUCACCGUCGCCCGCUCCACCUUCGUGAAGCUCAAGGACACCGCCCACGCCCGCGCCCCCGCCUCGGGCGCCGAGAGCCGCUGGGGCGUCGAGCACCUCGCGCUCGCGAUCCAGUUUGAGGAGCAGCCGGGCUGGCACUGCGUCUGGGCCACCAUGGCGGAGUACGAGGGCGAGUUUGGCCCCUGCAAGUUUCGCAGCUUCGACGACGUCUAUCUCGACAAGAUCCAGCGCGCACCCGCACCCGCACCCGCACCC